UGAAUGUUAGUGGAGAGUGAGAAUAGGGACUGCAGCUCUGGAUGUAAGGAAUGAGAAAUUAUAUAUUAUAUAAAGUUUUUUUUUAUUUGUAUUGUAUAAAAUAUAUUUAUAUUUUUGUUUGUUUUUCAAGCAGCAUCAUAAGGAUAAAAACCAAAUGAUACUGAUGACAGUCCAAGGGCAGAGCAGACAAUGAGCCUCCUUGGAUGCACCAAAUCAGGGUUUAUAUUAUGCAUCGGCCUCUCCAUCAUCCUUUUGGCCAUCACCAACAUUAACCAACUGGAUAACUGGUUGACUGUUGAGGAGGAAAUCAAGGAAUGUGGCUUCUAUCCCGGAGAACUGUGCAAAGCGUUAUUUGAGGGGAAGCCUGCUGCCCUGGUAGUGGGAAAUAUAUGUCAAGAAGCCCUGCCCCCACCCAGAGAAGAAGGAGCAGUCAUCCUGCAAUCCAACUGCUCCACCCUGAUAACCAACCUGCACUUCAUCACAAAGCCAAUGUCAAUUGAGGAGGUGGACUACCCCUUGGCAUACAUCGUGACUAUCCACAAACAGCUGGACAUGUUCAUCAAGUUGCUUACUGCUAUUUACACCCCACAGAAUGUCUAUUGCAUCCAUGUCGACCAAAAGUCUCCCAAGACAUACAGUAAGGCAGUGCGGAAGCUCACAAGCUGCUUCGGGAAUGUGUUUAUAGCAUCUCAGCUGGAGACUGUGGUCUACGCAGGGUUUUCAAGGCUAGGCGCAGAUAUAAACUGCAUGCAGGAUCUCGUCCACUCUGACAUCCCAUGGAGACACGUCAUCAACUUAUGUGGACAAGAUUUCCCAAUGAAAACCAAUAGGGAGAUCGUACAAUAUCUCAAGAGCAAAUGGAAUGGGAGGAACCUGACGCCAGGUGUAAUCCAGCCGCUGCACAUGAAAUACCGGACACAAGUGACUUAUAAGGAGUUUGUCCAUAUGGGGAUGUCCUAUGUCUAUCCCACCAAAGAGGCAAAGUCUGGCCCCCCGCAUAACAUCACACUCUACUUUGGGACCGCCUACUAUGCCCUGACUAGGGAAUUUGUAGAAUUUGUGUUGACGGACCAAAGGGCGAAGGAUCUUCUGGAGUGGUCAAAGGACACAUACAGUCCAGACGAGCACUACUGGGUGACCCUCAACAGGAUGAAAGAUGUUCCAGGAUCAACACCUGAAGCCGGCUGGGAGGGGAACAUCCGAGCUGUCAAAUGGAGAGACCAAGAGGGCAUCUCACACUCCGGCUGCAGUGGGCAUUAUGUGCGGGACAUCUGCGUGUACGGCCUCGGAGAUUUGCACUGGUUGAUAAAUUCUCCGCAUUUAUUUGCAAACAAAUUUGACCCAAGACGCUAUGGGGUGGUCACCGACUGCCUGGAAAGACAUUUCAGACUGAGGGUCCUGAAGGGGGCAGAGGUCCCGGUGGAGCAGAGCUGGUGUUUCCAAGAUGAAUAUUCGAUAAAGACAUCGCAUUGAUGGUUAGCGGAGUGCCUCCAGGUGGUCAUUUGGUCAUAUACAAAUUUAAGGUACUGCUGCUGUGGUGCAGCCAUUUGCAUGGGAGACGGUGAAGGACGCCACCUGAUAGGACCUGGCUAAGGAAAGAUGCUUAGGACAGAAAACUGCCUGAAAUAAACCUGGUAAAAAUGCAAAGUGUGUCCCAAGCUGCUCAAACUGGACAGUGAAGGGCAGGAGGCUCAAAUGACUGCAAUGUGCCAGAUAACACUGCAAUUUAGACUGACAGGAAAAUCAUGGUACAUAUGGAAAUCUCCAUUCAGUUGUGUAACAUAAAUCCUUAUUAUUUACAUGCGCUGUUUUAUUAUUUACCUGAAUCAAGUGACAACACAAUAAAGAGAAUCAGAAUAAAUAUGACUAUGUACAUUGGGUGGUGGGGGUGGAUACAGCCCAUGUGACAGUAGUCAUGUGAUAUUGUCAUGCAGCCUCUUCACAAUAUACAGUAAAAGCUCUAAAGUAUAAGAGAGGAUGUAGAGGAUCACUACAGGAUCAGUAAUGUAUGUACACAGUGACCCCACCAGCAGAAUAGUGAGUGCAGCUCUGGAGUAUAAUACAGGAUAUAACUCAGAAGCAGUAUGGGA